AUGAAAGAGAAGAAGGUGUACACCAAAUUCAAUAAAUGUGAGUUUUUGCUGCAUCAAGUAGCAUUCUUGGGUCACAUAGUCUCGGCAAAGGAUAUAGAAGUUGACCACUGCAAGGUUAAGUCCGUAGUUGAUUGGGAGACUCCCAAGAAUGUGGCUGAUAUCCAUAGUUUCUUGGGUUCAGCCGGUUACUACAAAAGAUUUAAGAAUUUCUUGAGACUUUUGGGCCCGAUGACUCGACUAACCCGAAAGGGAGUGAAGUUCAAGUGGUCCGACGAUUGUGAGAAGAGCUUCCAAGAGUUAAAGCAGCGACUAAUUUCUGCUCCAGUGCUUACUAUUCCUAAGGGCACUGGGGGAAUGGUUGGUUACAGUGAUGCAUCCAAGAUGGGUUUGGGUUGCAUGCUAAUGCAAGACGGGAAGGUAAAUGUCUACACCUCUCGGCAGUUGAAAGAUUAUGAAAAGAACUACCCAAUUCAUGACUUGGAGCUUGCAGCUAUGGUCUUUGCUCUAAAAAUCUAG